AAACCUCUGCGGGAAAGUGAAGUCUUGGCUUCCUCCCUGGUGAACUGUGUGACUCAAGCACUGGGAAAGCUUCUAGAUUUAUGGAAUGCAAUGGGAAUUGGCAAAGAGCUGCAGCUAGAACGCAUGCAGGCUGCAAAGGCCCACAUUGAGGCGCUGUUGAAUGAAAUGAUUGAUGAAGAAAGCAGUUUGAAAGAAAAAAUUGAAAAUGACAUUGAAAUUCAGAAAAGUCAGCUGAAUAUGCUCAGAUACCAACUCAAUCUGGACCCUUACCAGGUUGAUGAUGGUUUAACAAUCCUUCAGUUAGAGAAGGAGUAUCGUCUGGCUUUAGAAAGUGCUCUUAAAGAAAAACAGGAGAGGCUGAAGAAGUUGACACAGCUGCAGCAAGAUGACCAGGCACUAUGUACAGAGCUUUGUGAAACCCCUUACUAUAUCCCUACUGGCAGUAUUCCAAGUAGCAUAGAACUGGAAGAAUUAAAAGAACAUGUUACAAAUCUUUUGAAAAUAAAGCAACAAAGAUUAGAAGAGUUUCAUAAACUGAAAAGAGAAAUCAGACUAUAUAGUAAAGAAAUUGGGCACACACCUGAUGGAACACUGGAAAAUAAUAUAUUAUGCGAUGAUGAUGAAGAAGAAGGGUAUAUUUGCCUUACAAAAAAGUACCUUGAAGAUCUCCAACUGCUUAUCCAUCAGUUGCAGAAUAAGAAAGAGUCUCUGACUGCUACCAAGGAGGUUCUGGUGAAACAGGUUCAACUUCUGUGGGACAGACUUCAGUGGCCACAAGAAAAACAAGAACAAUUCAUGAAAAUGACCAGCCAGUGUUCAAUCUGUGAAGCCACAAAGAUGUGGGAAGAGGAAUUACAAACCCUGGAAGAGCUGAAGAAAGAGAAGCUUAAAGAAAUUACUUUGAAAGUCAGGCAAGAGAUUGACAGCUAUUGGCAAAAAUGCUUUUAUUCUGAUGAACAAAAAGCUGCAUUUCAGCCUUUUUAUAAUGACAAUUUCUCAGAAGAAUUGUUGAAUCAACAUGAUGAAGAACUUCUGAAAAUAAAAGAGGUUUAUGAGGAAACCAAGUGCCUUUAUGAUAGUAUUCAUAAAUGGGAGGCCAUCCUGGAUCGCUUUAUUGAAUUAGAGAAAAAAUCAACAGAUCCAAGCAGGCUCCUAAACAGAGGGGGUAACUUGCUGAAAGAUGAAAGGGAACGAUCGAAGAUUCAGAAGCAGUUGUCAAAGUUAGGGGAAGAACUGAAGAAAAAAAUUGAAACCUGGGAGAAGGAACAUAAUUCAGAUUUCCUUAUUCGAAGCCGGAGGUUUCUUGAUUCCAUGGCCCAGCAGCUGCAACAUCACAAACUUAAAAAAGAUCAACCCAAAACGUCAGUGAAGUGGGAUGAAUGUACAACUCCAAAAGCAGCUAUGAAAAGAUCUGCCCAUGUGAACACUCCAACUCCGAACAAGAUGCGCAAAGUAGCCUCAAACCUAACUGUACUUAAAGCAUCUAGCUGCAAUAACAUAGCAACCAACAUUGCUGUUGCCGGCAAACUCUCCGUUCAAACCAAGACUCCUUCCAAAAGCACACCUCUAUAUUCCCUGUACCAACCAUCAUUAGAAGAGUGCAAGAAAAGCAAAUCUACCAACCAACUUAGUUAUUCAGAUUUUCUGAAGGAACUUACAGUUAAAUCAAGCAUCAACAACAGGAUUCUGAAUUCUACACUCAAAGAGAAUUUGGAUGAAUGAACCCUUCUUGAUUCCUCUGUUACAAAGCUCGAGUCAAUGGGAACUGUAAAUAAGUAAUAUAUGAACACUAUAUAAUUAUAUAAUCAUGUUACUAAUACAUAAACUUCUUGUAAUAAUCACUGCUUCAGUUCUGGUUACAUGUAUAUAAAAUGAUGUGAGAAUACCAUCAAAUAUUUAGUAUGUGCUAUCUUUAUGGAGGAAGGACCUAAGAGGCAAACAGAAAGCUUAAACACUUCCCGUUUUCUGUGUUAAAUGCAGAAUGAACAUAUAGAAUGAGGAGUAUAUGAUUAAAGGAACAGUUAUGUAUAAACUGCGGGGCUGAUAAAGAGCAGAACUGUUCUCUGAUGUACAGUAUCAGACAACCCUAUGUUUUAUUUAACAGAAUAGAAUAUAUCAAAUUCAGGUUAUCUGUUGAUAUGUUUUCCUGUUUCCAUUGUCUUCAUUUUAAGAUUACAAAA